AUGGUAAAUUUUGAUAUCGAAGUGACUGAUAAUAGGAGACGUAAUCACGGCCGGCAUAACGCAGGCGAGGCUCCUAUUCAGGAACGCAGAAGUGAUCCCCACCGACCGGAGAGGGAGGUAACACCGGUAAAACCUGGGUCUGCCGUGAGGAAACCGGUCCGUAGGAAUCUCUUCGGUGAGGAAGGUUCCUCAGUCUCUAAAGACCCGAGUGUACUAGGAGUGGCGGCGGCUCCCAUGUUGAGUUGGGUUAGGAAGACGGAUGCGACAACUGGAGAAGAACAGAGAUUCGGAAAACGGCCGGCGAUUAGGGAGAUGAAUGAGUCGCCUGUUGGUUCUCCGGUCAGAAAUCUAGUCAGAGUUGGGCGGCGGCGUACUGAGGAGAUGAGUAAGAACGGUGAGACGGAACCGCCGGAGAGGGAGGAGACGGUGAAUCCCGAGUUUGCAAGAGCUCCGUGGUUCCGAGAUUCGCUGGUAGAGCCCACAGUGCUAACAACGCGAGUCUCUGGAAAGAUGUUGAUGAAGCGCGGCGACGGGCAACGGCUGAUCGGCAGACAAUGGUGA